UUUCGAUCAUCUCGAUCUGUACGAGCUGAAGUUAGCGUCACUGGUUUGCCGUCGGUGGGCGAAAGUUACUUUUUCCGGUCAAAGCAUGAACCGUGUUUGGUUGGUGCAGCCUGAUGGCGGAUGGGAACUUGUGCUAAACACCCGCAGGAGUUAUCGCAACAUUUAUCACAAGAAUGUUUUACGUAUCGAAGGUCCGUUUGAACGCUUAUCAUGGUUUCUGCAAACGUUGAAGUUUCCUGUUCGAAGGUUGAAAAUUGAUUAUAGAAUAACUUUCGAGGAAUUACGAUUGAUUCUUCUGGAAGUUCCUGAGCUUCAAUAUUUAUCCAUUGAAAGUUACAUUGACUUCAACUGCAAAACGAACGAACCAUUACCGGUUUUAACGAAGCUAAAAUGCCUCGAACUGGGCCUAUUUCAAAGCAAUCUAUUUGAUUGCUUCCGAAUGAAUGUCGCAAAUUUGCAGAGUCUUUACAUGAGCUGCGAGACAGAUGGUGAACUGGAAACAUGGAGACACCUGAGUGGGCAGUUAAAACUCGUGCACGUGUUUUUUUCAACCUAUAGCUCCCAAUUUCUCGAGCUAACGUUCCCACAUCUAGAAGAUUUUACCAUAGAAGAAGUUGUUUAUGGGACGACUGAAGAGGAAGAGAUAGACUUAAGCAGAGGGAAUGAUUUUUUUCGAAGACACUCCUUGCUUCGAAGACUUUCUGUCCCCGUGCCUAUUUCAGUAGAAUGGAUUCGAAGUAUUACUAGCCACUGCCCUGAGCUGACGUAUCUGUCCCUUGUUUUGAAGAAUCCGGAAGAAGGUACUUUAGAAUCGCUGGUACAACUAACUAAACUAAGACAUCUUUCAUUUCCCUAUCGCUCAAUGUCUAAAUACAAUACUCGUCUAAAUACAAGACAAUACACCCAACUGGAUGAAAAACUGUUUCGCGGAACCUUCAAAUCGCUCGAAUCAGUUGAAUUGCAAAUGCAUCCCACUCGCAUUUUGCUCGAAAACCUUUUCGAAACAGCGCCGCAAUUGAAAUAUCUGAAGAUCAUGCCCAGAUCCCACUAUAACCUUCAAUUGGAUAUUCAGUUCAUCUGCGAGAAGUUUUCAUGUCUCCGACGCUUAGAACUUAACAUGUAUAAAAAGACAGCAGCCGACAAUUCUGUUAGAAUUGACAGAUUGGAUCAUUUAGAGGAACUUAAAAUACGCAACGUUGAGAGCAUUAGCUUCAUUCAUCGCAAUAACGUUCGGUGCUUGACACUAAGUGGUCCCAAGAUGAAUUACAAGGAUCUUGACCAGAUACCGGAAAAGUUUCCUUUGCUAAAGAGAUUGAUCCUCGAUAGUUUCGGGGUGUCUCUGGCUAAUGUCAAAAGGCUACAUAAAUUGAUGCCUUCAUGUAGAAUCGACUUCGGUUCGCACCGUUUCUAUCCACAAGUCCUCCCAUAAGUGCGUCGUUCGGUUCAUAUAAAAGCCCGUAACUCGCAAAGCACACAAAACCUCGUACUGUAGA